UACCCGCCUGAAAUAGCAAUUUGAUGCACUGUUUGAAUAUAACUUCGUGAAAUCCUCGUGUCUAUAUAUAAACAUCUAACUGUAUGACUAUGUGAUUAAUGAAUUGUGUAUGUGAUGGGGAAGGCUGAACCCUCCCAGGGUUACUAUUACUUAUUGGACAUACUAGUAGCACGCUGCCUCUAAUUGAGUAAUAACCCUUUGCGUCGGACACCGUAUAAAAACCGAGGAAUGUGAAUGUAAUCAAGAAAACCAAUGGGCUUGGGCAAUAAAACUGGAGAGCUUUGCUUUGGACGGAAAAUGAAUAUCAAUGAUCACCUUCGCCGAGACAUCUAUCUGGUUAACAAAGCGUCCGCUUACGGUCUUGGGGGGUUCAAGGGGUCCAAUGUCGCAACUUCAAAGACACGUGUAAAAAGCCGUCUUGAGCUCCGGGUAAAGCCAACAAGGCACAUGAAUGGCCCGAUGUUAGGAUUGAAAUUCAUCUUUGCCGGAAGGGGAAAACGCUGCAUUUUCUCCUACUCCAUCCUACUAUCAGGCGAAUCGAUUGCGCGGCUCCUUGGUAGAAAGCCAGAAAGAAGGGGCAAGCGGGAUAGGGUCCAGUCUCUGGAAGCAAGUUCUCUUUCGACGGCCCAGUGGAGGGAAAGACGGGCUGGUUGGCCUGGAUGGAGGCAAGUCACUGUUAGGUUUGCAUGUGGCGGUGAGAAACUGCGCAAGAGCAAACGAGCGAUAGGCGAAUUCGACGUAACCCCACAUUCGUUGCAUCCACCAUCUGCAUUCAUGGCCAUUCAGAAGUCAAAAAUAAUCAUCGCUUUUGAGGAGGAGAAUGACGGUGCUGAUGAUCCUGAAUCAUGGAUACUGGAAAAUGGGUGAUACUAGAGUCGAUGUUGUUUCAGACGAACAAAACAAAAAAAGUGCAACCACCACAAAACUAAGCCAUUCUCAUACGGUGGGAUUUCAGUCAUAUUGUGCAGGC